AUGUCUGAUGAUGAAGAUGUUAGUGUAGCGAAGAAACCAAAACAAAUUCAUUAUGGAUCUCUGGAAGAACAGGAGAAAGCCAGGCUCGCUGCCCUGGCGGCUGCAGCUAAAGAAGGGAUUGAGGAUAAUGGCAAAGAUCUUGGUGACAUACAAAUUUCAAAUGAAUACAUGGAGUUGGAAGAAGAAAUGUCGAGAGAUAAAAAGGCUCUGCUAGAAGAAUUUGAAAGGCGCCGUAAAGCAAGACAGCUGAAUGUGUCUACCGAUGAUGAUGAGGUUAGAAGAAGUCUUAGACAACUCGGCGAACCAGUAUGUUUGUUCGGAGAAGGACCAGCGGAAAGGAGAGUGAGAUUGAGGGACUUGCUCAGCUAUCUGGGUGAAGACGCAAUCCACAAGAAGUUAGAAGAAGAAGAAGCCCGCAUAGAGAGGGACAGGGGGCGUGAGGGGACUUGGUACCACGAGGGGCCUCCGGACCUGAGGGAUGCCAGGAUAUGGAUAGCCAGAUAUUCUCUGCCGAGGGCCAAGCAAAGACUAACCAAAGCCCGCGAAGAGCUGCAGCUGGCGGGCAGCGUGCGGGCGGCCGCCAAGCAGGAGUCGCAGAGGAAGGCCUCCGCCAUGUCGAUAUACUGCAGUCAGAUCGGCGACACGAGGCCCGUGAGCUUCUGCAGGUUCAGUUCGGACAGCCAGAUGUUGAUCACGUCCAGCUGGUCAGGGCUGGUCAAAGUGUGGUCUGUGCCGAGCUGCACGGAGUUACAGGUGUUGAAAGGACACACAUGCAACGUGAGUGCGGCAGUGUUUCACCCCGAGGCGGUGUUGCCUCAUCAUUUCAGUCAGAAGAUAGAGAACGAGAAAGAGAAAGAAGAAGAUGGAAAGAAGACAGAAGAGAUGGAUGUAAUAGAUGAAUCCGCCAAAACAGUUAAAAUGGCGUCUUGCGCUUACGACGGAUCUGUUCAUCUGUGGAAUUUUGUGAGCGAGGCGCCGCUGGCGUCGCUCCCCGGGCACGCGCCGGCGCGGGUGUCGCGCGUGGCCUUCCACCCGUCGGGGCGCUUCCUCGCCGCCACCGUCUUCGACAACUCCUGGAGGCUCUGGGACCUGGAGUCGCAAACCGAAGUCCUCCACCAAGAGGGACACGCGAAGCCGGUGUACAGCAUUGCCUUCCAGUGCGAUGGAUCUCUCGCCGUUACCGGCGGUAUGGACGCGUUCGGGCGCGUGUGGGACCUGCGCACCGGCCGCUGCGUCAUGUUCCUGGAGGGGCACCUCGGCGCCGUGCUGGGCGUGGACUGCGCGCCCGCCGGCCACCGCCUCGCCACCGCCGGCGGCGACCACCAGACUAAAAUAUGGGAUCUCCGGAAGCGAGCCGCGAUAUACACUAUACCUGCGCACACGCAUUUAUUGAGUGAUGUGAGAUACCAAAAGAGUCACGGACAUUUUCUCCUGACGUCGUCCUACGACAAGAGCGCCAAAUUAUGGUCCAAUCCCGCUUGGCAUCCCCUCAGGACCCUCUCGGGGCAUGACAACAAGGUAAUGAGUGCGGAUAUAUCAAUGGAUAACAAGUAUAUAGCAACAUGCUCCUUCGACAGGACCUUCAAGCUAUGGGCACCGGACUUGGCC